UUUGUGUGUUUGUUUGUUUGUUUUUUGUCACUAAUGGCCAUUGAGUUUUUUUUGAAAAGGUUGCAGUACUCUGAGGGUUUGUGAAAGUGAAGAGAGAGUGACAUGCAUGUCAUGAUAGGUAAGUUGAGGUUGUGAUCAACACUGCCAGUCAAACAUUUUUGAACACAAUAAAUUUGAGCAUUUUGGUUAAAUUUUAAGCAUAUCAACUGUAGAAUAUAUACCCUGAAAUUUGAAAAUAUAUAUAAAGAAUAUUGUGGGUGUGCAAUGAUUCUGGCCUUUUUAUUUUAUUGGAAAUGGUCUAGCUCUUAGACACACUGUUGCAAACAGCAUGCUGUUCACUUUUCUGACAGUUGAUGCUACACUUCUCACAGAUGUUUUGCAAAGAGAGAUUUCCCCAUUUUCUAGAUGCCUUACCCUAGUGUAAAAUGGAUUGCCCAAAGAUCCUUUCCUGUUUCCUCUGUAUGACAAUCUUUUAAUCUCUGAGUAAUAUGAACCUCUAUAGUGAACCAAUUCUCUCUUUCCUGAGCUGACAUUUGCUCUCAGUUCCACCCAAAUAGUGAGAUCAUUUCCCAUAAAAUUCAAAGUCAAAAGCAGGUCCCAAUUCUUAAUCUUAUUUUCUAAUUGCAGGGCAUUAAAAGCAAACAGUUCUCCCACCUCUUUCAACACAAUGCUUGAGAUUUAACCGAAGAGCUAGUAAAAGUAACUUUAAGUGAAGCUGUUCAAAAAGGUCUGACUCAUAGUGUGUCUGUUUUUAGGCUGUGCAUUAUAAGAAUGAAUUGGUAACGUCGUUGAAGUUGUUCCUGGUCAUAAAAAGAAUUAAAUAUCCACUUUCUUAGGCUGAUCUGAUUGAAACGUUGACAUUACAGCAGUAGAUUGAUCUCAUUCCCUUUAAUUGAAAAAGCACUGACCAUGCCUUUCAUCUGCUCCAGCCACAUACAUUUUUCUCUUAUGUCCCAAGACACAUGAUGAAAAUAACACAGGAACAUUAAUAUUUGAAUUCCAGAGAACUGCUUGUUAUUGGUUGACACACAAGGAGGCUAAACAGGUACAGGCACAUGGAUUUCACUGCUGAAAUCCUGAAGCCCUGAUGAUUUGGGUGCCAUGCAGGUAAAAUUCAAAAAGAUACUGAUACAGUAUAUCUGCCAGUGUUUUUCUUUUUUAUGAAAAAAAACCAAUACUGGAAACAGUCAUCCAGUGCUUGGUCUUGUUAUAUGUAACUCAUUAAUUGUUAACACCACUGCCCUAUCUGCAAAUUGGUCUAAUUGUAAUAAAAUCAUCCCGCUGUCUCAUGGUUUGUUAGUCACUAUUAAAUCUCUUAAACUGUCACUUCCCCAGAAAGCUAAUUCCCCCCUACUUCAAUGUUUUUUGCCGUCAGCAGAGAGCUGACACGCUAUGGAUUUAUUUUCAAGUUUUGACAUUUUAAUUCAAAGGUCCAGAUUUUUUGACUUAGCAGAGAACAACACAUACUUGUAAAUAUGCAUUUUCUAGGUAUUUACAAACAAGAACUUUGGGAGCGCCUCAAUUUUGUAGAAGCUGUUCAAAGAAGAGGUAUGCCCUUUUUAAUUAUGCAAAUUCACAAAAAAUAAUAAUAAUUCUAGAAAUGAACAACAACAACCCAGUUGGUAGUUGCAACAUGUUGUUGUAACUUUUUAAUUUUUUUAAGAUGGUGUCUGGCUGAUUUGACAAAGAGGAGAAUUUAGUUUGCAGCUGUUGAAAGACGACUUAUUUCACUGUACAACACAUUUUUAAGUAUAUGUUGCUGGAUUUGUCCUGUUUUCUAACCACCUUACAGCUGUACAACAAUCAACAUGUUUUUUUUUUUUUUUUUUUUUUUUAAAUGUGAAGACUGUUUCUUUUCAUGCAUGUUGAGAUGACCUGGCUGGUUUUUAUCCCUGUUUUUAUCAGUUUGUAUUGAUUUGUGGAUGAAAAAAAGAAGAAAAAAAAACAAAAAAAGCUUUUGUUCAAUCUACAGAGUCAAAUUUUGGUAUAUUAUUUGAUGUGUACAAUAACUUGUGACAUUAUCAACAAAACUAUUAUAAUAUUUUACUAACAUGUCAAUC